UCAAGAGAGAGAAAGAAAGAGAGAGACAGAGCGAGGGAGAGCGAGAGAGGGGCUGUUGGGAGACGCGCAGAGUUGGCCAUGGCUGAAUCAAACGACGCCGUCUCCCUCGAUAUGGAGAAGAUCUAUCUUGGUGGAAAGGAACAUUUUAUACGAACUGGCUGUGGUUCUGUGUCCGUUAUUGUGUAUGGAGACCAAGAGAAGCCUGCACUUAUCACUUAUCCCGAUUUAGCUCUAAAUCAUAUGUCUUGUUUCCAAGGGUUAUUCUUUUGUCCUGAAGCGGCUUCUUUGCUGCUCCACAACUUCUGCAUAUAUCAUAUCAGUCCUCCUGGCCAUGAGUUAGGAGCUGCUUCAAUUUUUCCUGAUGAUCCUGUGCCUUCUGUUGAUGACUUGGCAGAUCAGAUCCUUGAGGUUCUCAACUUUUUUGGGCUUGGUGCAGUUAUGUGCAUGGGGGUGACAGCGGGUGCUUAUAUCCUUUCCCUAUUUGCUAUGAAAUAUAGGGAGCGUGUUCUUGGAUUGAUACUUGUAUCCCCUUUGUGCAAAUCACCCUCUUGGACAGAAUGGUUUUAUAAUAAGGUGAUGUCGAAUAUGCUAUAUUUCUAUGGCAUGUGUGGUUUGCUAAAAGAGUGUUUGCUUCAGCGCUACUUCAGUAAGGAGGUUCGUGGUAGUGCUGAAGUUCCAGAGUCAGAUAUAGUUCAAGCAUGCAGAAAAUUGCUGGAAGAGAGGCAGAGCUCAAAUGUUUUUAGAUUUCUUCAAGCAAUUAAUCGGAGACCUGACAUAACUGAAGGGUUGAAGUCGCUAAGGUGUCGCACACUUAUUUUUGUUGGGGAUAGCUCCCCUUUCCACUCUGAGGCUCUCCACAUGACCGCAAAGUUGGAUAGGAGAUAUAGUGCCUUAGUAGAGGUCCAGGCUUGUGGAUCCAUGGUAACAGAGGAGCAGCCACAUGCAAUGUUGAUACCUAUGGAGUACUUCUUCAUGGGGUAUGGCUUGUAUAGGCCAUGCCAUUUCAGUGACAGCCCUAGGAGCCCACUCAGCCCGUCUUGCAUCUCUCCAGAGCUUCUCUCCCCAGAAAGCAUGGGUUUGAAACUAAAACCAAUAAAGACCCGUGUUUCGCUAGGACGAUAACAUUGUCGAAAGACAGGCGGAAAUUGGAAAUAAUGCAAGUGAUGUGAAUGAGGUUUCAAAAGUUGCUUAUUUUUUUGGUUCUUUUGUUAAAUUUUUUAUUGUUUAAGCAGGAAAAAGGGGUAGAAGAAGUGGCCGGAGGGGAGGGGUUGUAGAUACAGAGGGGGGAAGAAUAUGUCAUAUAUAAUAUAAUUAUAUAGGGAGCAGGAGACUUUGAUUCAUUCUUUUGUAGUCAGUCAUAAGGGAAUCAUUCCUUUGAGCUGUCUGUAAAUUCUACUAUAAACAAAUUGGAUUGACUUUUAUUUAUGAUGACGAGAAAUCAAUAACAGGGGAACUUCCCAUUCGUUCAGAA